GCUGAGAGCAAUUGAAGAAGCAAUAAAGGCAAGGAGACGUGGCCUUCCUGAACCAAUGCAUGACACCCCUCCUCCCAAAAUGCUGAAGCAGCAGCAGACAACCCUUGAGAGGUAGGGAUCUGGCAGGGAGCCUGUCACCCAGAGCAAUCUCGACAGGAGAAUCAUUGAUUUCAUUGUAGAGGAGACAUUACCACUUCAGACUGUGGACAAACCAUCAUUCAUUAAUCUGGUUCGCAUUGGACUCCCCAAAGAUCUCACCAUCAUAUGUGCCAAGACUCUGAGAGACAGAAUUGAGAAGAGAGCAUGCCACAUGAGAGAAACUCUUGCAAACCGAAUGGGUGCUGUGGCAUAUAUAGCAACCACUGCAGAUUGUUGGACCAACAGCAAGAAGAGUUACUUUGGGGUAACUGCCCACUGGAUCAACCCAACUACCCUGAAACGUGAGGUCGGGGCCUUGGCUUGUAAGCGUCUGAAGGGGCGCCAUACAUACGAUGUCCUUUCAAAAGCACUGCAUGAUGUACAAGUGCAGUACAGGAUCCACAACAAAGUUAUGUGCACUACUACAGACAAUGGCUCCAACUUUGUGAAAGCGUUCAGAAUUUUCAUGGCCAAAGAACCAGUGGAAGCUGCAGGCACCAGUGACGAUGAUGGUGAUAACCAGGAGGAGGAGGAGGCUGAGGUGGAGUUUGUGCCUAUCUGUGAGAUCCUGGACACAGGACCUGAGGCAGAGGAAGAAGCUGCAGACUCAGGAGAGGAUUUUGUUUUACCACCACACCAGAGAUGUGCUAGCCACACCCUCAACCUUGUGGCAACACAAGACAUAGAGGCCAUGCUUUCUGACUCCUCCAAAAGUAGUCUUCUUGCUCCUUUCAAGAAACAAGUUUCGUUCCUUGAUGGGAAAGUGCAGCAAGUUGUGGUCCAAGCAGAACCAGUCAGCACAGAUUGCUGAGUAUAUCCAUGCGCAAUGUGGUGUGUAUCUGAAGGUCCCGAAUAAGACCAGGUGGAAUUCCACCUUUGAUGCGUUGAAGCAACUACAUGAGCUCCUGUCAACUGUGCCACUAAAAAUGCAUGCCAUAAUGGACCGCUGCUCCUUGUCCAGGAUCACAGCUGCUGAGAUUGAAGUGGUACAGGAAUACACAGAGAUUAUGGAGCCACUAGCCCAGUCCCUAGAUAUCCUGCAAUGGGAGAACGGCAUGUUCAUGGGGUAUUUGCUACCAACGCUCUGCAAUCUGGACCGCAAGUUAGAAGGACUGGAAAACAAACCUGAGAGGUACACAUACUGUUUUCAGCUGCUGAGAGGUGUGCGCGAAGCCCUAAGAAAGUGGUUUGCAGCUAUCUGGGAGGACAAGAGGCUUCUUCUGGCAGCCUGCCUACACCCUCGCUUCAAACUAGAUUGGCUGGAAUCGUGUCAGGCCGCCACCCAUACCAACAAAUACACAAUGGAAGCCUUGUUGAAAGCUGAAAUAAAGAUGGGUGUACUUAAUGAGGACAGUGAUCAGUCUUUAACUUUCUGCCCCAGGGCAAGAAGUCAUCAGUGGACACUGCUGAGGAGGAACUGGUGGGGUACCUGAGGUCUCCCAGCAGGGAAGUGUCAUCACUCCAUGGCUUUCCACGUGUGCUGCGGUGUGUUUUGCAGCACAACACAGGCAUGCCUUCAAGUGCCGCAGUAGAACGCCUGUUCAGUACUGGUGGCAACGUAAUGACUGUAAAAAGACAUUCCUUGUCUGACAUGCUCUUUGAGCAUCUUGUUCUUUUGAGACAUAACAGAAACAUAUUAUAAAAGCAUUUCAAGUGUAAAAUUUGAUUUCAAGAGUUGGGGUAUCUUCAUUGCUUGGGGGGAUGUGAGAUUCUGUUAUGCCAUUAUGUUAAUCUUAUGGAUAAUUUUUUU